AGAAGGGUGCUACCAUUGUCAAAAGCCUACUGUACUAUUGCUCGCCUUUAGCUUUCCCAAGGAAAUAAACUCAUCUAACUCGAGAAGCCAUUCUAACACAGCGUGAAAGAGAGAGAGAGACAGAUGAGAAUGGCGAGAAGAAUGCUUGUGGUAUCGUUGCUUGCAAUCCUAUGUCUUGCAGAUGCGCGCACCGAGGAGUUCUUCUACAACAGGACUUGCCCGAAUGCGGAGACGAUUGUCCGAGACGUGGUCACCUCGCAUUUCCGGAACAACCGGACCAUCCCGGCGGCACUGCUGCGACUCUUUUUCCACGACUGCUUCGUCGAGGGGUGCGAUGGAUCGCUGCUGCUGGAUGCGUCCGCCGAUGGCGCUGUGAUCGAGAAGCAGGCGCUGCCAAACAUCAACUCGGCCCGGGGCUUCGAGGUGAUUGACGAUGCAAAGGCGCGGCUCGAGAGCACUUGCCCCGGCGUCGUCUCGUGCGCGGACAUCCUCGCGCUGGCAGCAAGGGACUCGGUUGUCCUCACCGGAGCACCCUUCUUUGUCAUGCCCACCGGCCGCUUUGAUGGUCGGAUCUCAAACCGGACACUCGCCGAGGCCGCUCUGCCGUCGCCAUUCGACAGUGCCACCAGGCUCAAGGACUCAUUCUCUCGACAGAACCUCACAGUCCAGGACUUGGUCCACCUCUCGGGGGCACACACAAUUGGCCAGUCGCAAUGUCAGUUCUUCUCGCCCCGCCUCUACAACUUUAGCAACACUGGAGUCCCGGAUCCAACCUUGAAUGCCACGUACCGGGCUGAGCUCCAGCAGGCAUGCCCGCGCAACGCCAAUGCCACCAACAGGGUGGCGCUGGACCGAGGCUCCGAGUUCGUGGUGGACAACAGCUAUUAUCGCAACCUGGUGGCGGGGAGGGGGCUGCUGCGAUCCGACCAGGAGCUCACCCUUGACUCGGAGACGGAGAGCAUCGUGCGGUCGUUUGCCGGGGACGAGAACCGAUUCCAGCUGCGCUUCCGGAGGUCUCUGCUCAAGAUGGGUGAGCUGAGGAUCAAGACGUCGGCCAACGGGGAAAUUCGGAGGAACUGUAGGCGCGUGAACCCCAGAAGCACCAUCAUUGUCACCACCACGAAUGGCGAUGAUGCUGCUGCCUCCACCAUCUACGGAGGUGGCGGAGCUCUGGAGCGCAUUAUUGGAGGUGGUGGCGUGGGAACUCGCGGGGAUGAUCCGGAGUUUCUUCUAUUCACGCGCCGGCAAUGCAGCCUGAUCUCGCCCUGGAUGGAAUCCUUGACACCAAUCCCUCCCAACUUCACCAUAGCCUUGGCGAACUCGCGGAAAAAUAGUCGCUGGUUUGCGGCGAAAGCACUGAUGAGGCCCCGCAUGGAUCCAUCCAGCAGCAGCUCCUCGUCGCUCCUGAGAAGCCCGUUGCCAGCCAGGAGCUGCACAAAGAAGGCCCGGGAAUGCUGCCAUCAGCAUUGGACGCCAGAGACACCCUUCCAUCGUAGCGUCCAGUUGGCUCCUCCCAGCGAGGUCCCCCCGACUAUAUCACCGAGCAACAAUCAUGUGAAGAGCUUAUUCGACCAUGAUGAUCCAGGCACUUACUAUUGCGACGGAGUCUCUGGCGGCCAGAGCGAGAAUGUCUGCGCACGACACGGUGCCCGGACAGACCGCCUCGAUGCGUCUCUUGGCCGCGUCGACGAGCUCGAAUCCAGUGGCUGUGUUAUUGUUUGCCAGGCUCCGCUUCUCAGGCGUCGUGGAAGUAGAGUCGAAGUAUACCGGCAGCGACGAGCGGCCUGGUUGCGAAUUGCUCCGCCACAACCUGGCUCACAAUCUUCUCGGCCGCCGGGCAAGAGUGUGAGUAGUAUCCCACCACGAUGGGAGAUUAGGGCAUUUGGAUUGGAUGGCCAGCCUCGUCUCGGCCCCGAGCGUCGUUCACACCAUCGAUCGAAAGGGCCUCAGAGGUAUGGCGAAGACGUCGUAGUCCUGGAGAGCCAUACCCUUGCUGGAGGAGCCGCGCAUUCCUUCCAAGUCGGAGGCUAUCGUUUCGAUUCCGGGCCUUCGCUCUUCUCGGGUCUCUCGUCCAAGGGUCCUCAAGCCAAUCCCCUUGCUCAGGUCAAAGUAUCAUAUACUACGAACUAUAAACCAACUUUGUUGUAUCUUCUCCAGGUACUGGAUGCCUUGGGUGAGCGUGUCGAGUGCGCAAAGUAUGAUUCAUGGAUGGUUCAUCUUCCGCAAGGCAGCUUCUUGUCCGAGAUUGGUCCAUCCCAUUUUCCACAGGAAACUGUGCUGGGACUCUCUGAAGCUGCCAUGGCCCUGCCACCAGCAGCUCUUCGAGGUGACUGGGGCGCUCUUUUCACCGUUCUGGGACGUUAUUCCCCACAGCUCAUCUCAUCCUUCAUGCGAAUGGGAUUCAAAGGAGCUUUGAAUGCGUCGAGGCUUCUGGGACCUUUUUCGGAGAUUCUUGACGCACUGGAGAUUAAGGAUCCUUUCCUUCGCAACUGGCUGGAUUUGCUGCCUUUCCUUCUUUCGGGCCUUAAGGCUGAUGGCACACUUGCCGCCGAAGUGGUCUACAUGUUUUCCGAAUGGUAUAAGCCUGGAUGCAUGCUGGAGUAUCCUCAUGGAGGGACUGAGGCAAUUAUCGACGCUCUUGUACGCGGCCUCGAGAAACACAACGGACAGCUUUCCUUGGGGUGUCACGUUGAGCAAAUUCUGGUUGAAAAUGGCCGUGCAAAGGGGGUAAAGCUGAGAAAUGGCCAGGUUGUUGUUGCACGCAAAGCGGUCAUAAGCAAUGCGUCAAUAUGGAAUACGGUGGCGUUGCUCCCUCCAAAGGAGGUUCCACAAGAAUAUCAAAAGCGUGCAACUGAAACUCCACACUGGGAGCAAGGGGUGGACGCACCACAAAAUGUUGUUCUGAUUUCCAUGCCAAGUGCUCUCAGUCCCAAUCUCGCACCCCCUGGAAAGCACGUCCUGCACGCAUACACGCCAGGAACGGAGCCUUAUCACCUCUGGAAAGGCCUUGAUCGCCAGUCUGCUGCAUACAAACAGCUCAAAGAAGAACGGUCUCAGGUCAUGUGGAAAGCUGUGCAGCGAGCGCUCGGGACCGGAUUCUCAGCAGACAGCUGCGAUGUGAAGCUCGUCGGGACACCAUUGACACACGAGCGUUUCUUACGCAGGCAUCGUGGUACUUAUGGACCUGCUAUCCGAGCAGGCAAGGACACGUUCCCUGGUCCCGAGACUCCAAUCAAGAAUCUUUUUUGCUGCGGAGACUCGGUGUUUCCAGGAAUCGGAGUUCCUGCUGUAGCUGCCAGUGGCAUGCUCACUGCAAACUCUCUGAAGAGCACGGUGCUUGCCGUGCCGAAACACAUCAGCAGCUGGCGGCCUUGUUUUCUCUUUUCUUUUUAUUUUCUUUCUUUCUUUUCUACAGGCUGGGAAGGAAGAAGAACGAGCAAGUGUGGUGGCGAAUGCGGCAUUCAAUGCAAUUCGGUCGUUACAAGAAUUUGUGGUCGGGCGAAGAGAGACAGUCAGUGCUUGGGUUCUCGACUUUACUCGCUCACACUAUGCAGCUGCGGCUUGGACUUAUGUGGCGAAAACGCGGCACUACUUCUGUCAUGGGCUUCAGGUGCUAAAACCUUCCACAACCCCUGUCGUAGUAAUCUCCUACACGGCACAAUGCCGCCUCGCCUGCGCGCGCCAAGCUCAAGAAUGCUGGAGCCUCUUUUCGUCCUGGUUCUCCAACUCUCUGCUGUAUGCAUUCAAGCGCAGCUGCUCGUUGGAUUCUAUGACAGCUCCUGCCCGAGAGCCGAGAGCAUUGUGCAACAAUCCGUGAUGAUGGCGAUCCAAAGUAAUCGCCCGCUCGCAUCGCGUCUAGUUCGGCUCUUCUUCCACGACUGCUUCGUGCAAGGGUGUGACGCCUCAAUCUUGCUCGACUCAACUCCAAACAACACUGCGGAGAAAGAUAGCCGGGCGAGCGCAACCGUGGGUGGCUACGAGGUGAUUGACGCCGCCAAGAACACGCUGGAAGCUGUGUGCCCCGGAACUGUGUCAUGCGCAGAUGUAGUAGCAUUGGCGGCCAGGGAUGCCAUAUUCUUUUCUGGAGGGCCGCACUGGGACGUUCCAACUGGACGGAGAGACGGCCUUGUUUCACAGGCUUCCGUCGUCGCCUCCAACUUACCAGAUCCAUCCUUUACCGUGGACCAGUCGACAGCAUCUUUCAGCGCCAAGGGUCUGUCUCAAUCGGACCUGGUGGUUCUUUCAGGCGCUCAUACCAUUGGUUUUGCGCACUGUGGAGCGAUCAUGAAUCGGUUUAGUGCCAACGGAAGCGAUCCGACGCUGGAUCCGACGUUUGGGAAGAUGUUGGAGUCGAGCUGCCCGUCUCCCAGUCCAGACGCCACCAAGCUGCUGCCCCUGGAUGUAUUGAGCAACACCAUCUUCGACAAUGCCUACUUCGUCAACUUGCAGGCGGGGAAGGGCCUCAUGUCGUCGGACCAGGCGCUGUUUACUGAUCCAAGGACAAAGCCGCUGGUGAACGCCUUUGCUCAAAACGCAAACAGCUUCUCUGCAAACUUCCAGCUGGCUAUGGUGCGACUGGGACAGGUCCAGGUGAAGACUGGCUCGGAUGGCCAGAUUCGGAAAAACUGCCGGGCAAUCAAUUCUUAGCCAGCAACUUUGUCGCAAUUUUUUGUCGAAAAGCCACACCCUUCUUUCUGUAUAAACAUACAUCUCAAGCGAAUCGUUCGUUGACAAGCUUCUGCUUA